AUGGUGGUUAGGGUUUUGGGAAGGAAUGUUGUGAUCGCUGCUUUGAGAAGGAAGUUAAAGGAGCUAUGGGACCCGAAGGGGGAAAUGUAUGUGAUGGACUUGCCUCGUCAGUUCUUCAUGGUCCGCUUCGAAAAGGAGAGCGAGUAUUUGACGGCGCUGACUGGAGUUCCAUGGAGAGUGUUCGGUAGUUACCUUAUGGUGAGAGCUUGGUCGCCAGAAUUUGAUCCGUUAAGAGAUGAUAUUGUUACAACACCGGUCUGGAUCAGACUAACUAAUAUCCCAGUGAACUUCUAUCAUCGAUCGAUUCUCAUGGGAAUUGCCAAGGAGUUGGGUAAACCAAUACGUGUGGACCUGACUACAUUGAACUUUGAGAGAGCCAGAUUUGCGAGAGUUUGUGUUGAAGUUAACCUCGCAAAGCCUUUGAAGGGGACAAUUCUAAUAAAUGGUGAGAGAUACUUUGUGGCUUAUGAGGGUUUAUCUGAAAUCUGCUCCAAGUGUGGGAUCUACAGACAUCUGGUCCAUGGAUGUCCAAAGACCAUUGUGGAAAGAGUGGCUAAUCCAGUUACCCAAACAGAGACGCCAAUAUCUGCUUAA